AUGGCAACGUUGAUCCUCGACAAUGGAGCCUACACUGCUAAAAUAGGAUACAGCCAUGAAACAGUGAGUGUGAUACCUAACUGCCAGUUCCGCUCCAAGACCUCGAGACUGAAGACGUUUACUGCAAACCAACUUGAUGAAAUAAAGGAUCCCUCUGGGCUCUUUUAUAUUCUGCCUUUUCAGAAAGGUUAUCUGGUAAACUGGGAUGUCCAAAGGAAGGUGUGGGAUCAUCUUUUCGGGAAAGAAAAGUUCCAGGUGGAUUUUGCCGACACCAGCAUUGUCAUCACUGAGCCGUACUUCAACUUCAUGUCAAUCCAAGAGUCGAUGAACGAGAUCCUGUUUGAGGAAUAUCAGUUUCAGUCAGUUCUGAGGACAAAUGCUGGAUCACUGAGCGCUCACCAUUAUUUCAACACAAACCCCAAAGAGUUGUGUUGUUUGGUUAUAGACACCGGUUUCUCCUUCACUCACAUUGUUCCGUACUGUCGGAGCAGGAAGAUGAAGGACGGUAUUCGCAGAAUAAAUGUGGGAGGGAAACUACUGACAAAUCACCUCAAAGAGAUCAUUUCAUAUCGGCAGCUUCAUGUCAUGGAUGAGACGCAUGUCAUAAACCAAGUGAAAGAGGACGUCUGCUACGUGUCGCAGGACUUUUACAAAGACAUGGAAAUCGCACAGCGAAAAGGAGAAGAUAACAUGGUGAUGAGAGACUAUGUUCUUCCGGACUUCAGCUCCAUCAAAAAGGGUUUCUGCAAACCAAGAGAAGAAAUGGUGUUCAGUGGGAAAUAUAAAACUGGGGAGCAGAUUCUGCGUUUGGUCAAUGAGCGUUUUGCUGUCCCCGAAAUGCUGUUCCACCCCUCGGACAUCAGCAUCCAGGAGAUGGGGAUCCCAGAGGCCAUCGUCCACUCUAUCCAGGCCAUGCCAGAGGAGAUGCAGCCACACUUCUACCAGAACAUUGUGCUGACCGGAGGCAACAGUCUGUUCCCAGGGUUCAGAGAGAGACUGGAGGCCGAGCUGAGGUCCCUGGCCCCCGCACACCUCCCAGUGUCCAUCCUGCUGCCGGACAAUCCCAUCACGUAUUCUUGGGAAGGAGGGAAACUUCUGGCCCAGAAUCCGGACUACGAGGAGAUGGUGGUGACGCGCGAUGACUUUGAGGAAAAUGGACACUGCGUUUGUGAAGAGAAGUUUGACAUUUGA